CUUGAUACUCUAGUGUUCGAGGUGCACCAGGAGAUGGUAUUGCUGUGAUUGAAGGCAAGCCAUCCUAAACGCUCAAUGGGCCGCGAAUUGCACGCUCCCUCCUACCAGUGUCCUACUCGCGACCGCAUCACAUCCGCAUAAGGUCAAGAACUCAGGAGGCGCCUUCUCCCAUGCGAUGUAGUGGGUCGACUGCGACGCGCAUGUGAAGAUCAGGCGCAAUCUAGAAGACCGCACGGUCACAAGUACUCAAAGUUUCGACGCUAACCUAAGUAUAACGUGCAGUGUUGGGGAGGAGCUAUAAGCAGCUCUGGUUCAUCGUGGGAAGUGAGACAUCGACCUCGCACAACUCAACAACAUGAAACAACAGGACAAGAAGCGUAGGAUUGGUCUACCGGCCACAGCCAUCCAAGAGUCAUAUGACUGUGUCGUCAUUGGCAGCGGUUAUGGGGGUGGAAUCGCUGCAUCCCGAAUGUCGCGUGCGGGGAAACGCGUCGCGUUACUCGAGAAAGGUGAAGAGCGCUGGCCUGGCGAGUAUCCUACUUCGCUGGUCGCGUGUGCUCCCGAGCUCGCCAUCCAUAACCGGGACAGCAACACCAUUGGAAAGCGAAACGGUCUAUACCAAGUUCACCUGGGCAAGAACCAGAACGUGGUCGUUGCGAAUGGACUGGGGGGCACGAGUCUGCUGAAUGCGAAUGUAGCGCUGAGGGCGGAUAGGAGGACGUUGGCACUGGACGUGUGGCCCAAGGAGCUGAGGGAGAAUACGUCGGUUCUCGACGCGUAUUAUAAGAGAGCGGAGGAGAUGCUCGAGCCGGUUCCUUACCCCGAGGAUGCACCUGAACUCCCAAAGCUCAAGCUGCUGGAGCAGCAAGCCUCACUUCUUGGACCCGAAUACUCGCAUCGGUUCUAUCGUCCGCCCAUUACGGUGACUUUCGAGGAUCGUGUGAACGCGGCUGGGGUCAGCCAGCAGGCGUCGACCCUAACUGGCAAUGACACCACGGGCAUUAAUGAUGGUUCGAAGAACACGACUCUCGUCAACUACGUUUCAGAUGCUUGGAAUCACGGAUGCGAGAUUUUCUGUGAGACGGAGGCGCGUUAUAUCCUCUUCUCGGCUCCCUUGAAGAAAUGGGUGGUCUUCUAUAUCGCUUUAGCCUUUGGACGUGGGAGCUUCUCCUCAGAACUAAAUAGCGCCUUGCAGUUUGUUCUAUGCGAUCAAGUGUUCUUGGGUGCAGGGACGCUGGGCACGAACGAGAUCCUCUUGCGUAGUCAGUCGAUGGGGCUGCAGGUCAGUCCAAGAUUGGGCACGAACUUCAGUGGAAAUGGCGAUAUUCUUUCCUUCGGCUACAAUACCGAUCCUGAAUGCAACGCCAUCGGCAUGCCUAGCGAUAUAAGCCCCUCAAAGUUCGCGAAUGGACCUGUCGGCCCCUGCAUAACGGGUGUGAUCGACAUGCGAGACGAGCAAGUCGCCCAAAACGUCCUCGACGGAUAUGUCAUCGAAGAGGGUGUCGUACCGCAUGCCCUGUCACAACUAUUGGGAACUAUGCUAGCUGUCACUUCGGGCAAAGUAUUUCCAGAGCUCUCAGUGACAGACAUGCUGGGCCAUGCUGCGAGGCAGGCAGUCACCAAAGCGUUCGGUCCGUAUACCGGGGCGCUCCACCACACUCAGACAUAUCUCGUUAUGUCACAUGACGACGGACAGGGAGAUCUCACCCUUGAAAAUGACAACCUGAACGUCAUGUUUGCUGAUGUUGGCCGGGAGAAGCACAUCCAGAUUCUCAACGACACACUUGCGAAAGCGACUACGGAUGUUAAGGGCACCUAUGUGCCCGGACCGUUCUACACGCCUCUUUUUGACACCUCACUCGUCAGCGUCCAUCCUGUUGGUGGCGCCGUUAUGGGUGAUUCCGGCGAUGUGGGCGUUACAAACCAUAGGGGUCAAGUCUUCAAGGCCAAAGGAAGGGAAGUGCAUCCUGGGCUCUACGUCACCGAUGCAGCUGUGAUCCCCACUCCCCUGGGCGUCAACCCAUUCUUGACCAUCUCAGCACUUGCAGAACGUAUCGUUGAACUUGCAGCAGCCGAUGUGGGCGCAAAGAUCAACUUGUCCCCUGUAUUCACCCCAAUCAACUUCGAUCGGCCAAAACAUCACUUCAUCAGUCAUUGUGUGGGUGUCAAAGAUGGACGGCAGGUCGAAGGGGGCAUCAGCUUCAGUGAGGUGAUGGAGGGCUAUUUCUCAACUGUGAUCAAGGACGACAUAAGUCUGGCCGACUAUCAAAAUGCCGCAUCACAAGCAAAAUCAUCGGAUUCCAGGAUGCGAUUCAUGUUAUCUGUGAUUACCUACGAUAUGAAUGCGCUGAUUGAUCUGAACUGUGACGAGGCUGACAUCAUGGGCACCGUGUCCUGUCGCGCUUUGUCUGCACAUGCAAUGAGCGUUCUUUCCGGCCGUUUUCGACUGUUCACUGCAGAUCCAGUUCGCACAGAUACGCAAAACUUGGUCUACGAGCUUGACCUGGUGUCUGUCGAGAGCCGAACGUACACGCUGACGGGAUUCAAAGUUGUUGACAACAGCUCGAAGCUGAACCCUGCCAGGCUGUGGGAACAGACGACAACGCUAUACGUAAAGGUUGAGAGAACUUUCAAGGCCACUGGCUCUGGCGUAAACGGCGUCCUCACUGGCAGCACCCAGGCUACCCCCCAAAAACAUCUCGUCGGCCUCGGUGUGCUGACCAUGUCGAUAGCCGAUUUCACUAAGGAAUUGGCGUCCUUCAGGAGCUAUGGCAGCCAGGCUGGCCUUGGAUUCUGGGCAACUGUGGAUUUCACAAGUUAUUUUGCGAAAAAUCUCUUCGCCCACUUUGCCCCAAAUUUGUCCCAGUUACAGUACCCUGAAGAUGCCCACGAGUUCCAUGUGUAUCGCAAGACUCGUCCUGUCGAACAGUCUUGGAUGCUCUCGGUUCCGGCACAUGUACCGCCCCAAUCUGGCGAUCAAGAUAUCCAGAUUGAGCUUGUCCGUUGGAACGGUGGGGGGAAAGGACCUAUCCUCCUGAUACCAGGAGCUGCGGUGACCCAUCAUAUAUUCAGCACACAGAUGAUUGACGACAAUUUUGUCGACUGGAUUCUGGCGCGGGGCUAUGACGUCUUCGCACUCAACCAUCGCCUUUCUCCCAAUAUUCCGGCCAGUCACACGCAAUUUUCAGUCGAUGAUCUGCGCAUCGACGUCGCAUAUGCUAUCAAGCGCAUUCGUGAGCUUACAAGCGUCGAAAAAUUAAGUGUUAUCUCUCACUGUGUUGGGUCGGUGGCUCUGACGAUGGCCAUGCUGGACGGUCUUGCGGAAGGUGUCGGAGCCGCGUUGUGUUCGCAAGUCAGCAUGCAUCCCGUAGGAGGUUUUGUCAACAACAUCAAAUCCACUCUCCAUGCAUCUGAAAUAUGGCGGUAUGGUUUUGGAGAGAGCUUCUUCGACAGUAGAGCGAGUCGUACAGAAACACUGUUCGAUAGAGUGCUCGACCAAAUCCUUCGUUUCUAUCCCACCAUUCCCAAGGAAGUUUGCUCAAAUGCAAGCUGUCACCGACAGUCUUUCUUAUUUGGACGAUUGUGGUCUCAUGGCAAUUUGGACCCCAACCUGCACGCAAAUAUCGACAAGAUGGUCGGUGGUGCGACAAUGACCGCGAUGGCUCAGCUGUCAAUGAUGAGCCACAACAAAAAGAUAAGCAACCGGAAUGGAAAGAACGUCUACGUCACAGAGGAGAACAUCAAGGAGCGCUUCAACCUGCCGAUCACCUUCAUCCAUGGUGAAGAAAACGUUGUCUUUAUUCCUGAAGGGACGAAGAUGACGUAUGACCUGGUUCGAUCCAUCAAUCGACCGGAUUACUACGCUCGAUAUACAUUCCCCGAAAUGGGACAUCUUGAUACAUGGUUAGGACAGGGUUCGGCAAAGCAUGUUUUCCCAGUUGUCUUGAAUCAUCUGGAGGAGGCGGAGAUGAAGUACGGGGUUGGAUACGCGGGCACCAAGAGGUGAGGGGUCAUUUGAAAGAGAAACGCUAUUCGUAGUUAUCUUGAUUUCAUUCCAGAUUACAUAUGCUCCCCUGUAACUCGUGGUCACUAAUCAUGAAUACAUAUGAACACC